GAAGGAUGACUGGACAGUUUCGAAAGGAGUGAAGGGUAUGUCGACCAUAUAAGAAUGCGCUGCUCGGAGAGACCUAGAAGUCAAUUUAGCAAGGAAAUCCUGAGAUUCGAGAAGAGUCAAAUUAUUGAAAAUUUUGUAAAAUGAUAUGAGUCGAAAGUACUGGCGACUGACACUGAGAUCGGGCAAACCUAGGUUAUUGACUAGAGAUAGACUAUCAGUUUCGUAAUUGAAGUUUCUGGUAAUAAUACAACUUGCUAAACGCUGAACCGCCUCUAAUGGUUCAAGAUGUGUGGUGAAUUUAGAAUCGUAAAGAGCACUACAGUAAUCGAUUUUGGGUAAAACGCAAGUAAGAUAUAAAACUAAGCGAAUUGACUGAGAUGCUCCUCCGAAAACUCGAUCAAUAACACCAAGCAUUUUCCAACAAGAUGUUGCUACUUCGCGGAUAUGUGUUGCCCAUUUCAUAUCGUGAGAAAGACGCAUACCUAAAAGUUUAGGAUCAGUAUCGAGCAAGAACUUCGAGUUUAAUAGAGUUAACUUAAAAUCGGGCUUUAUUUUGGGAUCAAGUGAAAAGUAAGUGUAUGAACAUUUGUCAACGUUGAGUGACAUAUAAUGUUUCUCACACCAGUCUGUUACCCUGUCUAUUUCAGCUUGAACUAAAUUUUGAAAAGUAGAAAUGUUUUCCGAUAUUUUGAACGAUAAAACCACAAAAAGAUCAUCAGCAAAAAAACUAUCUAUCACAGACGACGAAACUGGCGCGGAAAAGUCGUUUAGAAAUAAAAUAAAAAGUAAAGGGCCGAGGAAGGACCCUUCUGGCACCCCCGAGAGAACCGGCGACUGAGAGGAAAAGCUCUCGCCAAUUUUGACAAACUGAGUGCGCCCUGUAAGAUAAGAUGUAAACCAGUUAAGAAGCCUCCCAUCGAUACCAAGUAGUUUUAACUUAUUUAGUAGAAGGUCAUUCGAUACACAAUCGAACGCUUUUGACAGAUCAAAGCUUAACCCUAUGCAAUACUCUUAAGCUGCUAAAAAGAAAGUGAGUAACUCUUAGUAAAGCAUCUAACGUUGAAGAAGACGGUCUAAACCCAAACUGGAUAGCGCUUAACAACCUAUUGUCGAGAAGAAAAGAUAACAGCUGUUUAUGAAUAAUCUUCUCAAGGAUCUUACUUACAACGCAUAGAAGUAAAAUUGGGCGAUAAUUUUCGAUAAACGAUGAGUCUCCUUUUUUAUAUACUGGUGUUAUACUAGCUACUUUCCACUGAACUGGAAAAAUUCCUCUUGAGAUUGAAAACCUAAAUUCACUUCGAAAGUCGGGUCGAUAGAUAUGAUACUGCAGUUAUGUGCUGAAAUCAUUUCUAAAUAUAUAGCUAGCUCUGAUUGUCUCCUGUACAGUAUACCUUAACUAUUCUGAAGUACCAACUGCAACAGAGAAAUUUCUGACAAAAUGCAAAAAUCUCCCUUGCUCUUUGCACCUACGAACCAUUUCCGUGAGCUAUUUCAUGACUUUACCACUUAACAGCAAUCCUAUAAGUCCAGUUGAUCAAUGCCGUACACCAUUUGGACUAUAUAUUCCAGCGUCGAUGGACCAUCGACCUCUUGGAUUCUUUAUAGAAUCUCCGAUGAGAAAUCGCAUGUCUCGGAUAACAGAUGUCCGCGAGUCAGACAACACUGAUCAUGCACUGAAUAACAUCCUUGUGCCACGAUAAAAACUAGUGGAUGAAGUGGUGGUGAAACGUUACUGUUCAUUGCGCGUCUCACGUUGAUGUUAUCUGAGUCUUCGCUUCCUUCCUUCUCAUUUCACUCCAUAUUCACGUCAGAAAGCUGAAAAGCAUAUUCUACUACGGUAUCAAACAUUGCCACAGUGAAUAUUGGUUUCGAUUUCAAUUUCUAGAUUAUCGAAGUCAACGAAAAAUUAGAACUCACCAUCGGCACUCCGCCGUCCCUGAAACCAAUAACCAUUUACAAAACACCAAUAAAAAACAAACACCUGCAAACAAAAUUACAAGAAAUGAACUCAGUUUUUCAACUUACCAUUCACAUCCUAACUGACGACGAAGAUACCGAAAUACUGGCAGAUGCGUUGAAAGUAAAUAAAACUCUGACUCAGCUUCAUCUUCCUAGCAACAAAAUAUCUGCUCGAGGAGGUGAAGCACUGGCAGAUGCGUUAAGAGUAAAUAAAGCUCUGACUCAGCUUGAUCUUCGUGGGAACGAAAUAUCUGAUGGAGGAGGUGAAGCACUGGCAGAUGCGUUGAAAGUAAAUAAAACUCUGACUCAGCUUGAUCUUCGUGGGAACCAAAUAUCUGCUCGAGGAGGUGAAGCACUGGCAGAUGCGUUGAAAGUAAAUAAAACUCUGACUCAGCUUCAUCUUCAUGGGAACGAAAUAUCUGCUCGAGGAGGUGAAGCACUGGCAGAUGCGUUGAAAGUAAAUAAAACUCUGACUCAGCUUGAUCUUAGUGGGAACGAAAUAUCUGAUGGAGGAGGUGAAGCACUGGCAGAUGCAUUGAAAGUAAAUAAAACUCUGACUCAACUUGAUCUGGGUUGGAACCAAAUAUCUGCUCGAGGAGGUGAAGCACUGGCAGAUGCGUUGAAAGUAAAUAAAACUCUGACUCAGCUUGAUCUUAGUGGGAACCAAAUAUUUGCUCGAGGAGGUGAAGCACUGGCAGAUGCGUUGAAAGUAAAUAAAACUCUGACUCAACUUGAUCUUAGUGGGAACCAAAUAUCUGCUCGAGGAGGUGAAGCACUGAAAAAUGCGUUGGAAGCGGAUAAACGGGUUCUUCUAUGA